UGGGCACAGGUGGGUGGCACUGGUGGGCACAGGUGGGUGGCGCUGGUGGGCACAGGUGUGGCACUUCUGGGCACAGGUGGGUGUACUGCUGGGCACAGGUGGGUGAUCUGCUGGGCACAGGUGGGCGGAGCUAGUGGGCGCACUGCUGGGCACAGGUGGGCGGAACUUGUGGGUGGCACUGCUGGGCACCGAUCAUCAGGGCACUGAUCAUCAGUGCCCUGAUGAUCGGUGCCGAUCCUCGCUCUGACAACUGCCGGUUCUCGGCAGUACUUUCCUCACGAUCUGACAGUGUGAGGAAAGUGCAGCCGAGAACCGGCACUUGCAU